UCGAUCGACAUCACCAACAGUUUUUCGCAGGACGCUUGUUGCUUCUGUACACAAGCUACGAAGGCAACAGAACUCACUCUGUUACAUCUUUUCGUGCGCCUUAAAAAUCAUUCGGAUGCCUGAUUACGAUUAUUUGAUUAGAAUUAUUUUACUUGCUUCAUCAUAACAGUGAAUAAAUUGCGAAAAGUGUUAUCACACAGUGUGAUCCUUGAUAUAUAUUUUAUUGACUGAUUACAGGUUUGGACUACUAUGACAAUCGCUUGAUAAAGCCUACGUGUUACUUCAAAAGAUGAUGAUUAACUGGCAGCAGCAACUUUGCAAAAGUGCAAACACAUCACGAAUUUUAAAGGCAUUUUUGAAAAAUUGUAACACGUUCAUACCGUAUCCAUUGUAACUUGAAAAAAUACAUACCAUAGGACGUUGUCCUGCGUAUUCUGCGUAUCCUACGAGCUUGGAAUCUCUUUCCCGUAGGCUUCAAAAAAGCCGCAAGUUGUUAGUUCCUCCGAUGAACGUGAGUUACUUACAACUUAUGUCAAGGAGGUGUCUUGUAGAGGACCAGCAAGGUAAAUAUGAAGGCCGAAAAAAACAAUGGAUAUCUACGAUCCUCAACUAUUGUCACUGAAUCGUCGGCCGAUUUGCCGAUAUCAAGAUUAGUUGGUCAAGACUGCACUGCACCUACUAUAAAUCCUCUUCAGGUAACAUAUGGUCCACGCGGUGGAACUACUACAUCUAUUCUUCAACAUUCGGCUAACAAUAAGCCGCAGAGGCCAAUUGGUGUGACACGUGCUACUUCAAUCACACGAAGACGAAGUGGGACAGCAAGUAGACAACGUUUGCUCAGUGUAUUGGCUAUCACUCUGCUGGCCAGUUGUUUUAUACUUCUAUUAUUGGCAUUGAACAUCACACGUGAAUGCAUUCGAGAACCCGAUUCAAAUGUUUGUAUGACGGAAGAAUGUGUCAGAACAGCGGCUAGUUUAUUAGCAGCGAUGGACCGUACCGCAGCGCCCUGCAUCGAUUUCUUUCAAUACGCUUGUGGUACAUGGAAUCAAUUGCACGUGAUACCAGAAGACCGAAGCUCUAUCAGUACUUUCGAAGUACUGUCUGAUCAGCUACAAGUAAUCUUGAAGCGCGUUCUCGAGGAACCGCCUAACGCGGAUGACAAUAAUGCUACUCUCAAGGCGAAGAUGUUCUACAGGUCGUGUAUGGACAUCCCUCGCAUACGAGAGAGCAGGGAUGCCCCUUUGAAGGAAAUCUUAAAGCGUCUCGGUGGUUGGCCAGCAGUGGUAGGAACGUCCUGGAAGCCACCACCUUAUCCACUGGAAGUUCUUUUGGGUCGUCUACGUGGCGAGUAUAACGAGGGCGUAUUGUUGGAGCAAUGGGUUGGUCCGGACGAUAAAAACUCCUCGACCAACAUCCUCCAGUUAGACCAGAUGCAGUUAGCAUUGCCCAGCAGAGAUUACUACUUGAAGAAGAACAGCGAGGCCGAACUAAAGGCUUAUCACAAUUACAUGACAAGUGUCGCUGUUUUACUGGGAGCGAAUCCUCAUUCAGCGGCAGAAGAGUUUAAUCGAGUGAUUGUUUUAGAGAAACAACUAGCCAACGCUUCAUUACCGGAAGCGGACAGGCACGAUACCUCGGCAAUCUACCGGAAACUAACGUUGCGGGAACUGCAGCAAGAGGUACCGCAGCUGAAGUGGCUUAUUUACUUACGCGAGUUUAUCAGCGCACCGAUAGAUGAAGAAGAACCUGUCGUGGCAUACGCGAUGCCGUACUUUAUGCAAAUGGGUGGUAUCAUAUCGAGGACGGAUCGUAGAACUUUACACAACUAUAUUGUAUGGCGACUCGUUAUGUCGAUUAUGCCUCACAUGAUUGAUGAAUAUCAGCAAAAACGGAUCGAAUUUCGCAAAAUUUUACUAGGCAUUCUCAGUGAAAGGAAUAGAUGGUCACAAUGCGUUGAGUGGACCAACAAGAAACUCGGAAUGGCAGUAGGAGCUCUUUUUAUACGUGACAAUUUUAAUCAUGAAAGUAAAGAGACUGCUUUAGAAAUGAUCCGUACGAUUCGUGAGGCUUUUAAUGAAUUAUUGGCUGAAAAUCGUUGGAUGGAUGAUGAGACUCGGAUGGUGGCAAAGAAAAAGGCCGAUUCGAUGAACGAGCGAAUUGGAUAUCCUGAAUUUUUAAAAGAUCCUCUUGAGCUUUCUAUGGAAUAUGUAAUGUUAAAUAUAACAGAAAAUCACUUUCUGGGGAAUAUUCUUGCUGUACUUAAGUAUGAUGCUUAUCACAAUCUGCAAAAGUUGCGAAAACCAGUUGAUAAGAAUAAGUGGUCGACUGAACCAGCUGUGGUAAACGCUUUCUACAAUCCCAACAAAAAUGAUAUAGUAUUUCCUGCAGGAAUUCUACAGCCGCUUUUUUACUCUCAACACUUUCCCAAGUCCUUAAAUUACGGCGGUAUCGGAGUAGUGAUCGGUCAUGAGAUCACCCAUGGCUUCGAUGAUAAGGGUCGUCAAUUCGACAACGAUGGCAACAUGAUGCAAUGGUGGAAUAACGCUACUAUUAGGGCGUUUCGUGAAAGAGCACAAUGUAUUGUAGACCAGUAUUCUAGAUACAAAUUACAGGAAGUAAAUCUGUACAUCAAUGGUAGGAUGACUCAAGGAGAAAAUAUUGCCGACAACGGUGGUCUCAAACAAUCUUUCAGGGCUUACAAAAAAUGGGUUUCCAUUCACGGCGAAGAGCCGUUGCUGCCAGGAGUGAAUCUGACGCACGAUCAACUGUUCUUUCUUAAUUACGCACAAAUUUGGUGCGGUUCUAUGAGACCGGAGGAUGCACUCACAAAGAUCCGCAGCAGCGUGCAUUCACCUGGACCGGUGCGGGUUUUGGGUCCCUUAUCCAACAGCGAGGAUUUCGCUAAAGCUUUUGCCUGCCCAUUAGGCUCGCCAAUGAAUCCCAAGAAAAAAUGUAGUGUUUGGUAGCUUGUUCAAUGACAUAUUAUAUAUAUGUCACUUUAUUGUAAUUAAAAUUGCGUAAACAGAAAAGAUCGCAAAAGUUAAAAGUUCCGAUUUUGGAAUUAAAAACCCGCAUUCUCUGCACAUUCUAAAUAACGCUAAACUGAAUCGUUAUCCUGAAUUCAAUAAAAUAUUUAACACACAGGACUUGAAAAAAAUACAUCAAAAUAUAAAAAAAUCAAAUUUAAAUUUAAA